CUCUUUAUUGUAUUUUAAAUACUUCCAAGCCACAAUCUUGUGUAAGACUAAAUUGUCAGACAAGUUUGGAGGUAUAUGCUGAGGUUUUUCAAAUAAUUUGGUUUGAAUGUCUAUGUAAGAUGAAGGUGAAUACAUCCUUAAAGUGUGAUAUGCAAUUUUUUUUAAAAGUGGGAUCUCUGAGACUCUCCCUCGGUUGACCUCUAUGAUAAGAGGGAUUGGUGAUCCAUUGGUUGCUGUCUAUGCUAGAGCAUAUCUUUGCAAGGUUGGAAUGGAAGUGGCACCACAUUUGAAAGACAACUUGAAUAAGAAUUUUUUUGAUUUCCUCUCCACAUUUAAACAAAUUCAUGGCGAAACAGUUCAGAACCAGCUUGCUGUGCAGCGGGUAGAAAUCCCCGUCUACCUUACGCUAUAUUCUCCUGCUAUAGACUGGAUUCUUCAAUGCAUUGCAUACAGAGCACCAGAGACUUUACUUACAGAAAUGAUGGACAGGUGCAAGACUCUUGGAAACAAUGCUUUGCUGUUGAACUCCGUAAUGUCAGCAUUUAGACCGGAAUUCAUUGCAGCAAGAUCUAUGGAUUUCAUUGGCAUGAUAAAGGACUGUGAAGAGUCUGGUUUUCCCAAGCAUCUUCUUUUCCAAUCCUUGGGGUUAAACUUGGCUUUGGCUGAUCCCCCUGAGAAUGACAGACUGCAAAUUCUUAAUGAAGCUUGGAAGGUUAUUACCAAACUUAAGAGUCCACAGGAUUAUGUUAACUGUGCUGAGGUUUGGAUAGAGUACACAUGCAAGCAUUUCACAAAACGGGAAGUUAAUACUGUGUUAUCGGAUGUCAUUAAGCAUUUAACUCCAGAUCGAGCUUUUGAAGAUGCUUACCCACAGCUUCAAUCAAUCAUAGCAAAAGUACUAGAUCAGUUUCAUGACUUUGCAGUUUUAUUUUCAAUGGAGAAGUUCCUCCCUUUCCUGGAUAUGUUCCAAAAAGAGUGUGUCAAAGUGGAGGUCUGCAAAUCCAUUAUGAACGUUUUUAUUAGGCAACAGCAAGAAUUGACCCGUGACCCUGUCAUUCUUAAUGCUCUGAUGCAUAUUUGCAAGACAAUGCAUGAUUCUGUCAAUGCUUUAACGUUGGAAGAUGAAAAACGGAGUUUGGCCAUUCUCAUCAGUGGAUUUAUCAGAAUGGUUUCAUUUGGUCGUGACUUUGAGCAGCAGCUAAGCUUUUAUGUGGAAGCCCGAUCAACCUUCUGCAACUUGGAGCCUGUCCUCAUCCAGUUGAUCCACAGUGUGAAUCAGCUUGCAAUGGAAACAAAGAAAGUGAUGAAAGGCAAUCAUUCCAGAAAGACAGCAGCAUUUGUACGGGCUUGUGCUGCAUAUUGUUUCAUUACAAUUCCAUCGCUGACAAGUAUCUUCGCACGUCUUAAUCUCUACCUGCUCUCGGGUCAAAUAGCUCUUGCAAACCAGUGCCUUUCACAAGCUGAUGCCUUCUUUAAAGCAGCAAUCAGCCUUGUUGCGGAAGUACCAAAAAUGAUAAACAUCGAUGGGAAGAUGAGAACUUCAGAAGGAUUUCUUCUUGAAUUCCUUAAUAACUUCUUUUCCACAUUGUUGAUGGUGCCUGAUCAUCCAGAGCAAGGAGUCUUGUAUUUGGUGAGAGGCCUUUUGAAUGUGAUCCAGGACUACAUUUGGGAAGAUCAUUCUGAUUCAAAAGUACGAAUCUACAUAAACGUUUUGCAUUUGUUGGCUGCAGCAAGUCAAGAAACUUAUCUUUAUCAUGUGGAUAAAGUUGAUUCCAAUGAUAACCUCUAUGGCAGUGACCCCAAAUUCUUGGCUGAAAUUAAUAAACUUGCUGAAACUCUGAUUGGACAAAUCUUGGACCAUCUCAAGACUCUUGGAAAAGAUGAGACUUUGAAACGACAAAGUGCCUUGGCAUUAUCCUUGUUUAACAGCAUACUCGCCCAUGGAGACCUGCAAAACCAUAAACUUAAUCAGCUGACAAUAAAUUUGUGGAAUCUUGCCCAAAAACAUGGGUUUGCUGACACCAAAAUCAUGGUGAGAACAUUAGAACACAUCAAACGUCAAAGCAAACAGCCGAACAUGAGUCAUUUUGCAGAUUUAACAGUAAGGCUCCCACUUCAGUCACGGACCUAAAUACUGUCGCUCGUUUGCACAAAAGCACGACUGCCAAUUGAGAAGUGAUGUCUGCCUUUCAAAAUGGAAAAUCACUAAAAUAUACCAAGUUCAUAACUUUACCAAGCGAUACUUUACUGCAAGUGGCUAAAGUUUUAAAAAAAAUGCAUCUAAGUUUAGAAUAGCAAGUGCUAUAUACUAACUCGAGGAGCUUCGUCAGUUUUCCAUAUGAAAGCAGAUGGAGAAUUUAUUUUCAGAAAGACUAGAUGGAAGUUGGACCAUUCAGUACAGGAGAAAAUAGUUACUAGUUUUGGUGAUAGCUGUGUACUUUCUAUUGAUGAAGAUCAGAGCAGCACUGAGCAAUUUGUACUAGAUCAGGUGCAGGAGAAAAAACAGGAACAACAAAAAUCAAGAGAUUUGGAGAGAAAUUAAGCAUUGAAUUAAUACUGCUUCAUUCCAAAUUUUAGAUAUCAGAGACCAUAAUUAAUUAGCACUUGUAAUACCUUGAAGUUAAUAUUGAAGUCCUCUAAACCAAGGUAUAUUCACUAAGAAGCAGAAUACUGACAGUGGAAAUAGUAACUCAGCUCUCUGAAAUCUAUCAUGAUUCAGUUCAUUAUAUUAUGUACAGUAAUUGUAUCCAAUACCUGUAGAAUAAAUUUGAAUAAUUGGCCCACUUAAUACAUAGGUAAUUUUUUUUGGUUCUGUAGCUCAAAUUUCAAGCUAGUAAUUUGACAGCAAUUUGUCGCAUCAGUUCAGCUAAUUAGAAAUAGAAUUUUUAAAGUUUUCUGCAAGUUCAUCUUCAUAUUUUUCUACUCUCUCAAAUAUCUGUGAUUAGAAAAUAAGAUUAGCAUAAAUGUUGAAUAAUUGAUCAUCUGCAAGGUAUGGAAAAACUGGUUUAUUUGGUCUUUGUUUCCUGUCUCAGCUGAGAAGUGGUGAACUUCCCUUGAAAUCAUUCAGUUUAUGUGCUUCUGCAUGGGCAUGCCAAAAAGGUAUAAUUACUUGAGUUUGUGAAUUGUCUUUAUGCUUAGGGUAUUCAUUAAUUUAAGAGAUUUUGGAGGAAGAUUUUCUUUUUGAAAAUUUUAUACACCGACUUGCACUGUUCCCAGUUUUCAUGAAAUUGUAUGUCCUUCCUCCUGUCAAUUAGGGGAUAUUUAAGAAUAUUUCCAAUUGUGCAUAAACUUGAAAUGAUUUUCAUAUUCCUUUGUUUGGCAUGUUUAUGGUUAAUGGCACUUUUUGGAAAAUAUUUAACUCCCUUGAGCAAUUAUUUGUGUUUUCUAAAACAAAAUUGAUGCUUUAAAAUUAAAUUGUAAAUGAAGGAUGAUGCCUUCUAUUUGUGCUAAUAGAAGCAAAUUGGUACGUGCAGCUCUCAUAUGUGCUGAUAAAUUCAGUGAUGUAAACACAUGACCAAUAUUACACAAGAGCAUGCUGUGUUUAGCUUAUUGUGAAAUGACACCCGUUCUGUACAAACAAAGAAAACUUUAUUACAUUUUGACUGCA